ACCCAAGGUAUGGACUAUGGACUAGCUACGAGUAUAGAGUUGUCUGUGCAUCUAGCUAGUUAGUACAAGCAAGAACACAAGUUGCAACUGCUCUCCCUUUUGCUUUUGCACUAUUAGGAGGGCUCAAAUUUGACGGUAGACAACACAGACGACUCGAAGAGCAGCAGCAAGAACACCAACAAUCACUCCUCAGAUCACCAGCUCGGAGCAGCAGCAGCAAACAUGGCCAGCCAAUUUGAUCAAGUUCCACAGCAGAUUCAGCACAAGGACAUGGCUACAGGUUCCACUCCGAAGACUGGCAAGGCUCUUGAUCCAAAGACAGUCAGAAGACUUGCUCAGAAUCGCGAAGCUGCACGCAAAAGCCGGCUGCGAAAGAAGGCUUACAUCCAGCAACUUGAGAGCAGCAAACUGAAACUUGCUCAGAUGGAACAGGACGUGCAGCGAGCCCGUUCCCAGGGUCUCUUUCUUGGAGGAGGUCCAGGUGCAAACACCAGCUCAGGCGCCGCGAUGUUCGACGUGGGGUACGCCCGAUGGCUGGACGACCACGGCCGGCGCAUGGCCGAGCUGCAGGGAGCCCUGCACGCGCAUCUGCCGGAUGGUGACCUCAGAGCCAUCGUCGACGACACCCUGACUCACCAUGACGAGCUCUUCCAGCUCAAGGUCGUGGCAGCCAAGUCCGACGUGUCCCACCUCAUCACCGGGGCGUGGACGACCCCGGCGGAGCGUUGCUUUCUCUGGAUGGGUGGAUUCAGGCCCUCUGAUCUGCUCAAGACACUGCUACCCCAGCUAGAUCCCCUGACUGAGCAGCAAGUGGUAGGCAUAUGCAACCUUCAACGGUCAUCACAGGAGGCAGAGGAAGCUCUCUCCCAGGGCCUGGAGCAGCUGCAUCAGUCACUAGCUGACACCAUGGCAGGUGGAUCUCUGAUUGACGACAUCAACAUGAGCUUCAUGGGUCAAAUGGCCCUUGCCCUCGGCAAGCUGGCAAACCUUGAAGGUUUUGUGAUACAGGCUGAUAACUUGAGGCAGCAGGCUCUUCAUCAGAUGCACCGGAUUCUGACAGUUAGGCAGGCAGCUAGGUGUUUCUUGGCCAUUGGUGAGUACCACAAUCGUCUUCGUGCCCUAAGCUCCCUCUGGGCUUCUCGACCUCGAGAGAUGCUGGUGGCAGAUGAAGGCAAUUGUGGAGAGAUAAGCGUUGCGACACAGCCAUCCCAAAGCCAAUUUUCCAGCCUUCUGACGCAUGCUGUGGAACUAACCUUCAGCUUAGGAGCAAGAGAAAAAUGACCGGGAAGAGAAGUUUUGGAUGCUGGAAGACAUCUGGGCUACAGAAGAGAGCUGGGAAGUGCAGGAAGCUUUAGAACAAGGAGUGUUUCUGGAAUUUUCUUUUUGGGGAACCAGUGUUUCUGAGGAUGUGCAGAGAGAAACAGCUGCUAGGAGGCGCUGAAAAUUCUAGAUCCCAUUGUCCACAUUAUGAUAAAUAAGCGCCUUCAGAUCCUCUUACUACGAAAUCAAUGGUCCAUGAAUGAUCCGGAUGCAUUUUGCAAAUUGUAUCAGUACUAGAUUGCUUUGCAAGUGUUAAGAUUGAGUCAUGAAUGAUCCAUGCUUAUAGUAAAA